UCUUUCUUUAAAAAACUUAGUCACCAAGAAAUUUAAAAAGCUUCUUUGUCACCUUUCAAUGUGUUGUAGUGGUUGUGAAGAUACUAUACUAUAUAUUAAAAUAAAUAUUAUUAAUCCCUUCACCAUUCCUACCCUCUUUCAAAAUCUUUCAAAACCUAACACAAAAUAUUACUCAUAUUAAUUUCUCUUCUUGAAAAAAAAAAGUAUAUGUUAUAAAAUAUAAUAUAACAAAAAUGCUUGAUCCACGAAGAUACCAUUACCAACCCACAAUUUCUUUUCCAGUUUCUGAUGAUAGAAUACAACAAAAAACUCAUACCAAAAACUACAACAAUUUUCAUCAUCAUCAUCAUGAUCAACAUGUUGAAGAUGAAUCUGGUAUGUGUUCUCCACCUUUAUGGACAACAAAGAGUAAAAGCAACAACUAUAGAAGUCUUUCACCUGAAUCAAAGACACAAGCCAUUGAAAGAGGUCAAAGAGAGUUAAUGGAAAUGGUUAAGAACAUGCCAGAAUCAAGCUAUGAACUUACUUUGAAAGAUCUUGUUGAGGAACAUCAUGUUGAAGAAAAUAACAAGGUAAAAGAGAGGAAUUUGAGCAACAAAAACACACGAAAAAGAGAAGGAAUUAGGGCUAGUAGAAAUAUGGAUAAGAAGAAUAUUGAUAGUGGAGGGCUUUAUUUGAAAAUGGUUUUUCCAAUUUCUUUGGGAUCAUCUAAGAAACAUGAUAAGAAGAAAGAGUUAUUGGUUAGUAAUAAAAGUAGUAGUAAUUCAAAGGUUUCACCAAGAGCAUCUGUUUCUGAUGGAUCUGUUACUAAGGAUUGGUGGAAGAAGAAACUGGGGAGUAGUGGUUCAGAAUGUGGGGGUGAUCAAAGUGAUCAUAGUGGUGUAUCUAGCAUGAAUGGUAGCAUCAAAAGAUAUGGUAGUAGCACAACCAGUAGUUGCAGUAGCAGGAGUAAUAGCAGGCAUGAAAUGAGUACCAGCAGAUGUUGGCCUUUCAUAAGAAGAUCCCAAAUUCUAUCAGAGAAGUAAUGGUGGAUCAAAAGCUACACAUUUGAGCUUCUAGAAUUUAUGGUGAGAGAAAUCUAAAUUCUAGUGACAUUGUCCACCACUCAACCAAACACAACAUUAUAAGUGUUGCCACUUUUUUUUUUUUUUGAGAAUUCUAAGUGUUGCUUUGCUUGUAAUGUUUCUGAUGCCAAAGUAUUUCAAAUAUACUAUAAUUAUUUGGAAUUUAGACAUGAGAGUAGAUAAAAGUAAGUUUGCAAAUUAACAUUGUAUUUGGACUAUUGUAUGAAAUAUGUAUUCAUCAAACACCAGAUUGAGAUGCGAUAGUUUAUCAUUGCUUCACUUAUCUUAUCUACCAAAUGUAUCCUAAACCGAAUUGACGAUACAAAUUAAUUUAAUUUACGGCAAAA